UCAGCCAACAUUUUCAUAGUUUAGUUACGACUCCGACAACGACCCGACGCGUCCCGCCGCCGGCGAAACUAUCCCGAUUUCUCGACGAAUCCAGUUUCUAAUAACCUUCGUCAAGUUCUCGAUCGAUCGUUCGAUUUGUACUAUUGUGUGUUUGUGUUCAUCUCAAGUGCUUUGUGUAUCUAUAUUUAUUUGGAUUACUUUCAUCUGAUUUAGUUGGUGUAGGAGUUCGUGAGUUAGGAGAGGCUGUUGUUUCCGGCAGUAAUGACCCGCAGUUAGCACGAUGGGGGUGUCUGACGAUUUAGCCCCGAGCUUCACGCAGAAGCCGCAGCUGCGCCAGGAAGAUGACGGCAACAAACUCAUCUUCGAGUGCCAACUGCUGGCCUCCCCCAAGCCGGAGAUCAGCUGGUACCGCAGCGAUGAGCUCCUUAAAGAAGAUAGCAGAACUGCGUUUAAAAUCCAAAGCAUCGCGAACAACAAGUUCCUGGUGGUGCUGGAACUUGACGACGUGAUCGAGACGGACGCGGGGCUGUACAAGGUCAAAGCUAAGAACAAGAUGGGCGAGGUGGCCGCCUCCAUCAAUCUUAACUUUAGCCCCGCUGACGAGGAUAAACAGAAACAAGUGGACGGCAAAGCGCCAACGUUCGCGCGCAAGCCGGCCAUAAGGCAGGAGGACGACGGCAAGCGACUCAUCUUCGAGUGCCGUAUUGAGGCAACGCCCGUGCCCAGCGUCGUCUGGUUCCACAACACGACUGAAGUCAAACCCGGAUCCAGACAUAAACUAACAGUAAGCAAAGACGGCAAGUCGUACUACGCCUCGUUGGAAAUCAACAACGUGACAGUAGAGGACGCAGGCAAAUACCGGGUGACAGCCAAGAACGAGCUUGGAGAGAGCAAUGCAACAAUCAGCUUGAAUUUCGACAGCGACGAAGCCCCCGUGCCUGAAGACUCAAUCAAACCUACUUUUACGGAGAGGCCCGUCAUCAGGCAAUCGGAGGAUGGUACCAAAAUCACUUUCGAAUGUCGAUGCGUUGGCAAACCGAAACCAACCGUCACAUGGUACCAUGGUAAAAAGAUAGUAAAAGAAAGUAAUAGAUACAAAAUAACGCUCGAGGAGGAUCAAACUUUAUAUUACAUGGCGCGACUAGAAAUCAUAGGCGUAGAAAAUUCUGAUAAGGGAGAGUAUAGAGCUGUAGCAAAAAACAAAUACGGAGAAGGCGUAGCGAAAAUCAAUUUAAAUUUUGAAGGUGGAGAUAAACCAAAAAUUCCUGCUGGUAAAGCACCAAGGUUUCCUAAAAAGCCCACUAUUAGACAAGAUGGUGACUUACUAAUUAUGGAAUGUAUACUUGAAGCACAUCCAAUGCCAGAUAUCACAUGGUUCCAUGGAGAUACAGAAAUUAAAGAUGGUGCUAAAAUGAAAAUGUCUAGAAAAGCAAUUGGAAAAGAUACUUUCAACUUAACCUUAGAAAUCUUAAAUCCGACCAAAGAAGAUGGCGGAAAUUAUCGAUGUAACGCCUUUAACGUAUUUGGUGAAAGCAAUGCUAACAUUGCUCUCAAUUUUCAAGGUGGGGAUGAUGAAAAUGGCUUUGCUCCAUCAUUCAUCGAGAAACCAAGAAUAAUUCCUAACGAGGAUGGCACGUUAAUAACAAUGAGGUGUGUCUGCAAAGCAAAGCCGGCGGCAGAAGUAACGUGGUACAGAGGCACAACGGUUAUCAAGGCUAGCAGUAAAAUUCAAAUUAAGUCGACCGUAAUUGGCGAAGAUGUUUAUGAACUUGUAUUGCUCUUAUCAAACCCUACUGCAGCGGAUGGUGGCGCUUACCGCUGUCACGUAAGAAAUGAAUUUGGCGAGAGCAAUGCUAAUCUAAACUUAAAUAUUGAGGCUGAACCAGAACCCGAAGGUGAAGGGCCAUCAUUUGUUGAAAAGCCCACUAUUCAGUCUAAAGACAACGGAAAAUUGGUCAUUAUGGGUUGUAAAGUGAAAGCUAGCCCGAGACCGACUAUCGUGUGGUAUCACGAAGGUAGAGAAAUAAGGGACUCGUCGAAAAUUAAAACCAGGGUCGAAGUCAAAGAAGAUAUUUAUACAAUUAUUUUGGAACUCAUUGACCCUGGUAUUGAUGACUCCGGAUUGUAUAAAUGCAACAUCAAAAAUGAACUUGGAGAGCUCAAUGCCAAUCUAACGCUCAAUAUUGAAAUCAUUCCAGUUAUCAAAGAGAGACCAAAGAUCAUUAAAAUAGUUAAGAAGAAGACUGUGAUCGUUGAAUGUAAAGUAUUAAGUAAAUUUGCACCCUCUUGUACGUGGUUUAAGGAAGCAAGUGCAGUCAAAGAAGAUUCCAGGCACACAGUAUUGAUUGAACCACUGAGAGAAGGCGAAUUUACGGUUAAAUUAGAAAUUUCAAAUAUUUCUCAACAAGACAAAGGCUCUUACAAACUUGUUGCUAGAAACGAGAAGGGCGAGGCUACGUCUCAGCAAGUUGAGAUCACUGAUAUUCCUGAGGAAAAGGGCGAUAAGCCGUAUAUCAUUAAACAUCUGAGAAGUCUCGCAAGAAAAGAAAAUGAAGAAGCCGAAUUUGUAGCAGUUCUCAAGACAUCAGACCAAUCUUGUAGAUGUACUUGGUAUAAGAAUUCUACAGUUAUCAGAGAUUCAUCUGAGAUCAACACUUCCUUUGAUGGCACCAACGCACGACUUAUCAUUAGAAAGGUGUCAACUAAGUAUGUCGCAAACUACAGAGUUGUAAUACGAAACGAAUUCGGCGAGGACGAAUCCAGUGCUGACCUAACUCUUGUGGAAGAAAAGAAAAAGAAAAAGGAGGAGGAGGAGGAAGAAACAACCGUCAUAGAGGAAUCUGAAGAGGAAAUGUCUAUAGUAGAAGAAAAAUCGGUAAUUGAGGAAAAUCAUGUAGACGAAAGGAAACAGGAACAGAUUCAACAAGAAGAAGAGAUGCAAAUAAUUCAAGAAAAGAAAUCCGCUGCAAAGAAAGUAACAAAGAAAGAACAAACGAAAGUGGAAGAAAGCAAACAAGAAAUGACGAUUGAAGCAAACAAAACGGAAGCUCAAUUAGAAGUAAAGAAAGUUGAAGCUAAGAAAACCGAAGCUAAAAAAUCUGAAGCUGAGGUUGAAGAAACCAAAAAAGUCUUGGAAAAGAAGACCGCAAAAACUGAAGAGGAAAAGAAGGCACUUUUAGAAAAAAUUGAAGAAAGAAAGAAGAAACCAGAACCUGAACCUGAAGCCAAAAUCGAAGGUAUUCCAAAAUUAAAACCAGUGAAGCCUAAAGAAGAAGAAACUAAAGCUGUAGAAGAAAAGAAGGAGACAACCAAAAAGGUCGGCGAGAAAAAGAAGGUCGUCAAAAAGAAGGUUGUUUCUAAAAAAGAGGCCGAAGACGAAUUCGAGUUCGAGGAUGAUUACGAGCGUCCUGUCUUGGAGAAAUACGAAAAAAUUACACCAACACCACUGUAUAAAAAACCUAAAAAAGAUGACAUUCCUAAGGGUAAACGGGCGUCCAUGUCUGAGAACAUUGAAAUUGAAGAAAUCGAAAGUGAAGAAGAACCAUCAUCGGCUGGACCUGUACCUGAUAAGAAACAAAAACCUGAAAACAAAGAAAAGGUUGAAGAUGAAACGAGACGACCUAGCAUUAAAAAGGGUGUUCCAAAGCCCGAAGAACCCGUGGAUGAACUAUCAAAAGUUAAGUUAUCCAAAGGUCCAACAAAACCAGACCAAGUAGAACCAGAAGAGCCUCAAGUUGCUCAGGUCAAAAAAUUGGCUAAAAAGCCUGAAGAAGAUAAAGAGUACGUCGAUGAUUAUGAAAAGCCAGAUUUAGAGAAAUACGAUAAAAUGUCUCCAACAAGUACAGACAGAAAUAAAAAACAAAACGGAGUUAAAGAGGACGAAAUGAUUGUCGACGAUUACGAGAAACCAGAGUUGGAAAAAUAUGAAAAAGUUAGUCCAACGCCUAAAGGCAAACGAGGUUCUAAAGACAUUCAGGAUGACGUGGAUAUUAUGAAAGGUAAAAUUAAACCCAAAGAUAAAGAAGAAGAACCACAAAUGCCAACAUUGCGUAAACGUUCUGUACCUAAAGAUAAGGACGAAGAAAAGAAACCCGAAGAAAAACCAAAGAAGAAAACUGUCAAAAAAGUUGAAUCGGGUACUAAAAAACGAUCAUCUAUCAAAGAAAAGGAGGACGAAUUAAAGUUCGAAGAUGAUUACGAGCGUCCAGUAUUGGAGAAAUACGAAAAAAUUACACCAACACCAUUACCCAAAACACGUAAAAAGGAUGACAUUCCUGAGGGAAAACGACCAUCAAUAUCUGAAAAAAUCGAGAGUAUUGAAAGAGACGAAGCUGAAAUAUCUGAACCAGAACCGGACAAAAAACCCAAAACCGACGGCAAACAAAAGGUUGAAGAAGAAAUAAAGCGGCCUUUCGAUAAAAAGGGCAUUUCUAAACCUGAAGAAUUAAUUGACGAGUUAUCAAAUAUCAAACUAUCACAAGGUCCAACUAAACCUGGCGACGAAAAACUUGAAGAACCACAAGUUGCUCAGGUUCAUAAGUUAGUUGGAAAGCCUGAUGAAGAAAGAGAGUACGUUGACGAAUAUGAAAAGACAGAUGUAGAUAAACUUGACAAAUUAUCGCCAGUAAGGACAGAUAAAACUAAAACGAGAAAAGAUUUACAAGAGGAUGAAAUGAUUGUCGACGAAGACGAAAGGUCAGAAUCGGAAUAUGAAAAGGUUACCCGUACCACCAAAGGCAAACGCGGUUCUAAAGACGUACAGGACGAGGUGGAUGUUAUGAAAGGUAAAAUUAAACCUAAAGAUAAAGAAGAAGAACCACAAAUGCCAACAUUACGUAAAAGUUCUGUACCAAAAGAUAAGGAUGACGAUAAAAAACCUGAAGAGAAACCAAAGAAGAAAACUGUUAGAAAAGAUAAACCGACUAUUAAAAAACGUCCAUCGAUUCAAGAAAAGGAGGACGAAUUUGAGUUUGAAGACGAUUACGAGCGUCCAGUAUUGGAGAAAUACGAAAAAAUUACACCAACACCAUUACCCAAAACACGUAAAAAGGAUGACACUCCGCAGGGAAAACGGCCAUCAGUGUCAGAAAAUAUUGAGAGUAAGGAUGUUGAAAGUGAAGAAGAACCAUCCAUAGCAGAACCCGUACUUGAUAAAAAACCAAAAGUUCCCAGUAAAGAAAAGGAUGUAGAUGAAACAAGACGACCUAGCAUUAAAAAGGGUAUUCCUAAGCCGGAGGAGCCCGUGGAUGAACUAUCGAAAGUUAAGUUAUCCAAAGGUCCGACAAAACCAGAUCAGGUAGAACCAGAAGAGCCGCAAGUUGCUCAGGUUAAAGGGUUGGCUAAAAAGCCUGAAGAACAGAAAGAUUACGUUGACGAAUAUGAAAAGCCAGAUCUAGAAAAGUACGAUAAAGUAUCACCAACAAGCACAGAUAGAACAAAAACACAAAACAAUUUAGAAGAGGACGAAAUGAUUGUUGACGAUGACGAAAAAUCGGAAUUAGAAGAAAAUAAAAAAGUUAGACGUGCAAGCAAAGACAAACGUGGUUCUAAAGACGUUCAGGACGAGGUGGAUGUUAUGAAAGGUAAAAUUAAACCCAAAGAUAAAGAAGAAGAACCACAAAUGCCAACACUACGUAAACGUUCUAUACCUAAAGAUAAGGGCGAUGAACAAAAACCAGAAGAAAAACCAAAGAAAAAAACGGUUAAAAAAGUUGAACCGGGUACUAAAAAACGACCAUCUCUAAAAGAAAAGGAGGUUGUGGAAGAAGAAUUUGUCGAUGAUUACGAAAGGCCAGUACUUGAAAAAUACGAGAAAAUCACACCGACACCAAUACAGAAAAAGAAGAAGGAUGAAAAGAAACCAGAUGAGGAAGUACCUUCCGAGUCAUUCACAUCUAGGCGUCCUUCUUCUAAAGACAAGCCAGAGCCAAUGGAUGUCGAUGAGGAGGUUCAGUUGAGUAAACCGAAAGCUCCGUCGAAACCAGCACCUGAAGAUGUCUCAUUAACACACAAAACACCAGCAGAAUUCACUCCUACGGAGGACGAGGCUGAGGCGAAAUUGAACGUUAAAAAGCCAGAAAUCGUUGAGGAAAAAACAUUUAAGAAACCAUCUCCCAAAGACAAAAAGGGUGAGGACACAGAGGAGUCUGUCAGUCUCACCAAGCCUCGCACUAAGACAAGCACCACUGCUCCGGAGGAUGCAUCUCUUACGCACAAGACACCAGCUAAGAAAGAGCCAACGGAGGGAACUGAAGCGGCAUCACUCAAAGUUAAAAAGCCAGCUGUUGUCAAGAAAGGAGUCAAAGAUGACAAAGAGGAGCCUUUGGCUAUUCACGGAGGCAAAUUCGAAAUACCAAAACUUAAGAAAACCGUUAAGAAAACUACAGACAAACCUAAACAGGCAACACGUAGUGAACAGGAAAUAAACGAUGGGUAUGAGCUUGACUUUGUUGACGACUACGAGCGACCGGUAUUGGAGAAGUAUGAAAAGAUUUCUCCCACGCCUACAGUCAAGGAGAAGAAAGAAAAAGAACAAACAACGACUGAAAGCAGAAGAACUUCGAUUCAGUCAGAGAUGAAAGAAGAAAUCAAAACAGAAAGCCGUAGAAGUUCAAUCAUUGAAAACAAAGCACUUAAGCUUACAAAAGAAACUGCUGAAAGUAGAAAGUCGUCGAUUUCUUCAAUAUCUGAACAACAACAAGUAUCCGCUGUACGCAAGGGUUCGCUCAAGACCGCCGUAAGAGAAUCUGAAGUAAAUGAAUUAGAGCAAAUAAAAUUAAAGGACGACACUAGUAAAGGCAAAUCAGAAGAAAAACACGACGAAUACACUGAAAACAUAACAGAAACACAAUACCCAUGGCGUACAACAAAACCAAACACAGAGGAAACAAAUGACAAAACAACACCAAAACGCAGUGUUAGCUUAGACCAACCUAGAAAGUCAUCCUUCCCCUGGCGGCGAUCAAGUAAAGGAGAGGACGGUGAAGAUGACACAGAAACAAACACAACACAAACAAAACGAACAUUACACAAAACACCAGAAGAACCUACACUCACUACACGGCGUCCUUCUAAACAUGAUGAGGAUACAAGUGCCACAAAACAAGAUACAGACAAUAAAACAGAUAAAACUGAUUCAAUAGAAUCUAAUUAUCCAUGGCGACGUCGUAGCCUAAAGAAAGAGGAUGCGAUAGAGCCAACAUCAAAUAAAGCUACAGAUAUUUUAUCCAAUCCUUUGGAUAAUGAAAAUAGUGUAGAUAAACCGAUUACUAAUAAAAACAAUGAAUACACAAAUAACGAAAAGGACAAGUACCCAUGGCGUCGAUCUAGUACCACAAAAGAGAAAACAGAAACACCUGAGCGCAAAGAGCCAAUUCCAAGUUCAGAGACUAGUGAAAAAGUUGAGGUCGCUGAUGUUAACAAAGAUAAAAUACCAGAUAAACUCACAGAGCCCUCUUAUCCUUGGAGGAAACAGACAAACAAGGAGGUUCCAAUAUUUAUCACACCAGACGAUGAAACAAAGCAUAACGAAGUACCUUUUUCAUGGAACGUUAUUCCCGAAAUACCACAGGCAGAACAAACGCCGGAAUUGGAAGACAAAUUCAAGCCAACACUUCUAGACACACGUGACACUGUACCAUGGAGAAGGGCUAAGUCUCCUCAGGCUGAAGACAAGGAACAGAGCAAGCCGACUACAUUAGAAACACCACCUAGCAGCACUCCAACACCUGAUGAGAAAGUGGCAAUGAAGGAAGAAAAAGUGGAGGCGGAGGUCAAAAAGGCUAAAGCUACAACGGUUAAGAAGAAGGCAGAAGAUUUGCCAGAAAUCCCAGACUAUGAAAGGCCAGAACUUGAGAAAUACGAAAAGAUUUCGCCUACUCCCACAACCAGGGAGAAACCUGAAAAGGAUAAGCCUGCAGAUAAACCGAAAAUAGCAGAAGUCAAAGCUCCUGAAGAACCACCAGCACCAGCUGCUCCUAAAAUUAAGGAGCCUGAAGAAAAGCCAGCCGCACCUAAAAUUGAAGUUGUACGCGAGAAAUCACCAAAACCGGAAAUGCCCAGGAAACCCUCCCUGUCACCCGCUCCACCCGGAAGACGUGGCUCGCUCAUACCUCCCCCGGAGGAAAUGGGAAGACGUCCUUCUCUCAUCAUCAGCGACGAGGUCACGAAAUUACGUCCUGGAGAAGUUUUAGACGAGAAAAAGCGACGAAAAUCUGGCGACUCGAGGAGACCAUCUGUACAAGACUUGGAAGGUCUUAUUAAUAAGCCUUCAACGCCACUGAGACCCACUGGCAAUGAUGGCCCACCGGUCAUCGUUGAUGCUCCAGAGAGCAACUCCGCUGUCGAGGAUCAAGUUGGUUACCUCUCCAUAUUGGUCGAGGGUACUCCGCCGCCGACGUUCAAGUUCUAUAAGGGAGUAACAGAAAUUAUCGAGGGUGGCCGUUUCAAGUACAUCACAGAAGGUGACACGGGUCGCAUCACACUGUGCAUGAGAAAAGUAAAGCCCAAUGAUGAGGGUAAAUACAAAGUUGUUGUCAGCAACAUCCACGGCGAGGACUCUGCUGAAAUGCAACUAUAUGUAUCCGAUGCCAGUGGUAUGGACUUCAGAGCUUUACUCAAAAAGCGAAAAUACCAAAAAUGGGGUGAGAAGAAUGAAGAACCCGAUUGGGGUGACCUUAAGGAAGUUGAGAAACCAAUUCCACCUCUAAAGAAAGUUGAAAAGAAACCUGAAUCUUUCUUGAAGCCCCUUGUAGAUCAAUCCGCAAAGGAGGGUAAAGAUAAGAAGGUGACCUUUGAAGCCAUUUUCACUAAACCAAAUGCCAAGCCUAAGUGGUUCUUCCGUAAGGAUGAACUUUUCCCGGGCUCUAAGUAUAAGAUGACAAAUGAAGGAGACUCAUACAAGUUGAUCAUUAUGAAUCCCAAAGUGGAAGAUACGGGCAAGAUUACAAUUGAAAUUGGUGGCGUGACAAGCACCGCCUUCUUGCAAGUCGAUGAACCAGACCCAACGUACAGCUUUACUAAACAUUUGAAGAAAACACUUACUGGAUACACGAAGCACGAAGUAGUUUUGGAAUGUGCGGUAUCCAACAGCCUGGCGAUAGUAUCUUGGUGGAAGGGUGAAAAGAAAUUGGAAGACAGCGAUGAAUUCCAAACAUCCAAAGAUCUAUCAGGCGUAUGUAGAUUAAUUAUAAAGGCAGCCAAAUUAGAGGAUGCCGGUAAAUACAUGUGCAAAAUUGAAAAACAACCAGACAAGACUGAAUGUGAAGUUAAGAUUAUCGAAUAUCCUUACAAAUUCACCAAGGUACUAAAGUCGCAGCAGGCUAUUGAAAAGGACACCAUCACCCUACUUUGUGAACUUGACGAUGCCAUGGGUGAUGUUAAAUGGUUCAAGAACGACCAGCCACUGAAGGCUGACAAGCGUGUCUCAAUCGUCAAAGAGGGUCGUAAACGUAAAGUGGUUAUCAAGGAUGCCAAGGUCACUGAUGCUGGUAACUUCAAAUGUGUCAGUAACGCUGAUGAGACUACAUGCGAAUUGAUCGUCAAAUACUCGAAUCGCUUCAACAAGAAGUUGAAGGAUACCGAAGCAGUUGAAAGAGACAAGGUGGUUCUCGAGGUGGAAUUGCAGGACCAAACUGCCGAGGCUGUUUGGUCCUUCAACGGUACACCUAUCGUACCGGAUGAGAGGAUCGAAAUUAAGAACCUGGGCGGAGGCAAACAUCAACUUAUCUUCAAUAAGCUAGAGAUGGAAGAUGACGGUGAAAUCCUUUGUGAAUCCGGAAAACUGACGUCUUCGUGCAAACUUACAGUUAAGAAGGGUGAAUCGAAGCCAUCUAUCGAAUGCCCAGAUGAGUUUAAUGGACCCGCAGGACAUCCCUUCGUUAUUGAAGUGCCGUACAAAAUUUCAGGCACACGUCAAACUCCAAUUGAGGCUAAACUAUUCAAGGAUGGUAAAGCUCUACCGGCUAAAGAAGUCGAGGUAGUGGUGGAACAGGAGAAAAUUCUUUUCAAACUCAAAAAGCCAACGAGAGAGGGAUCUGGUAAAUACCAGAUCAAAUUGUCCAACGCUCAAGGAGAAGAUUCCAAGGAUGUUUCCAUUAUCAUGCAGAGUGCGCCAACGCCACCACAAGACGUUGAGGUCUCGGAAGUGUUCCAGACUUCAUGUGUCGUUGCAUGGAAAGUUCCACAAGACGAUGGUGGAUCACCAAUCAUCAAAUACGUCAUUGAACGACAGGACUUGUCGCUAAAAGCUGGCUGGGACAACGUUGCCGAAGUGGCGCACGGACAACCCACUAAAUUCAAGGUCGAAGACCUUGUCGCAAAGAAAACAUACAAAUUCAGAAUUCGUGCCGUUAAUAAGAUUGGAUCUAGUGAACCUGGACUCUUUGGCAAGCCUGUUCUUGCAAAGGAUCCAUGGGAUGAGCCAUCGAAGCCCAAGGGCGUAGAGCUGAAGGAUUGGGACAAAGACCAUGCUGAUCUUAAAUGGCAAAAGCCUGACAACGAUGGUGGAGCGCCGAUCACUGGCUACGUCAUCGAGUAUAAGGAGAAAUUCGGCAAAGACUGGGUAAAGGGCAAAGAAGUGGAUGGCGAUUGCCUAGAAGCAACCCAAGACGGACUUAAAGAGGGAUGCACUUAUGAGUUCAGAGUCCGUGCCAUCAACAAGGCCGGUCCCGGUGAACCUAGUGACAGCACUAAGCCAAUUGUUGCUAAGUGCAGAUUUGUUAAGCCAUACAUUGUUGGAGAGGGUCUUCAGAGUAUGAUCAUCAAAAAGGGACAAGUCAUUUCCUUCGACAUUAAAUACGGUGGUGAGCCCGAACCGGAAGUUAAAUGGAUGCACGGGGAAGAGGAAAUUCGCGACGAUGGAGAACGUAUCACCAUCGACAAAUAUGAGAAAAACACUGUAUUAACUGUUAGGAAAACUACCCGAAUUGACAGUGGAAAAUACAAAUUGGUACUUACCAACUCGUCUGGUACUUGCGAAAGCAUUGCUGACGUAGUAGUUCUAGACAAACCUAACCGACCGAAUGGACCAAUUGAAGUUGUUGAGAUUCGCGCUGAAAAAGCAACUGUCAAAUGGCAAAAGCCUGACGACUGGCAAGGAUCUGAUAUUACCGGAUACACACUUGAGAAAAUGGACUUGGAUACCGGUAAUUGGGUACCUUGUGGUGAAUGUGGCCCAGAACCUACAGAGUUCACGGUCAAGGGUCUGACACCAAAUCACAAAUACAAGUUUAGAGUUCGAGCUGUAAAUAAGGAAGGUGAAUCAGAACCAUUAGAAACGGAUGGAGCCAUUGUUGCAAGGAAUCCUUACGGUAUGGAACCGCCAACUGAUAAUGGUGGUAGGCCGAUACUCGGAUACGUGAUCGAAAUGAAAGACAAAUUCACUGCUGACUGGAUAGAGGUUGGUAAACUAACAGAGCCCAAAACGGAGUACAAGGUUGAGGGACUUAAGGAAAAGAUGAUCUACCAGUUCCGUGUAAAAGCUUACAACAAGGCUGGUGUGGGCGAUGCUUCACAACCAACUGAAAACCAUCUGUGCAAGCACAGGAACUUGAAACCUCGUAUUGAGCGCAGCACAUUCAAGUCAGUCAUUAUUAAGGCUGGACGUACACACAAGUGGUCAGUUGAUGUCAUUGGUGAACCUCCACCGGAGACCACAUGGUCAUGGCGAGAGAACAUCAAGCUCGUUAACACUGAGCGCAUCAAGAUUGAGAACAAAGAGUAUCACACAGACUUCACAAUAGUGAAUGCUGUGCGACGUGACACGGGCAAGUACACACUGCGGGCUGAGAACUGCAAUGGCUUUGAUGAGGAGACUGUUGAGUUGACAGUACUGAGCAAGCCAAGUGCACCUAAAGGACCGUUGGAAGUAACAGACGUGCACGCGGAAGGUUGCAAAGUGAAAUGGGAGAAGCCGGAAGACGACGGCGGCUCUCCUGUCAAGGAGUACGAGCUGGAGAAGAUGGACCUUGCGACCGGCAAGUGGGUCCGUGUUGGAAGAGUGGCGGGUGACAAGAAGCCGUUAGAGAUGGAGGUGACAGGCCUGGAACCCGGACACCAGUACAAGUUCCGUGUCACCGCUGUCAAUGACGAGGGAGACUCGGAGCCGCUAGAGACAGAGCGCGCUGUACUCGCCAAGAAUCCAUACGAUGUAUCGGAUAAGCCCGGCAACGUGGAGGUGGCGGAUCACGACAACCAGAGCGCUGACAUCAAAUGGGAGCCGCCGGCGAACGAUGGUGGCGCCCCCAUACUCAAGUACAUCAUACAGAAGAAACCCAAGGGUGGAGACUGGGAGACUGCUGCUGAGGUGCCCGGAUCAGCAACAUCAGCUAAAGUGGACGGUCUACCUGAAGGCAGUGAGUACCAGUUCCGUGUGAUCGCAGUCAACAAAGCCGGACCUUCAGAGCCUUCUGAUGCCACCAAGAUGACCACCAUCAGACACAAAGCUCUGAAGCCUCGCAUCGACCGCACGAAUCUUAAAGCGCUUGCAGUGCGAGCCGGUAAGCCUAUAUUCUUCGAUGUGAACGUCCGCGGCGAGCCCGCACCUAAAGUGCAAUGGUUCCAGAAGUGGAAGGCAGAAGAGAAAGAGGUAACAGAGAACGUGAUCAACGUGGAUUAUAACACGAAGCUGGACAUCAAAGAGUCUGUACGUGCUAUGACGGGUACUUACCGCAUCCUGGCCACCAACGAGCACGGCAGCGACGAGGCCGAGGUGGAGAUUACGGUAUUGUCCGCUCCCGGCAAGCCUACAGGACCUCUCAAGGUCACCGAUGUAACUAAGAACGGCUGCAAACUCGCCUGGAAGAAGCCUGAGGAUGAUGGUGGUAAACCCGUCACUGGCUAUGUUGUUGAGAAGCUGAACAAGGCAACCGGCCGCUGGGUGCCAGUUGGCAAGACUGACGACACGGAGAUGGAGAUCAAGGGUCUGCAGGAAGGCGAGGAGUACGAGUUCAGAGUACGCGCCGUCAAUGAGGAGGGAGAGUCCGAGCCUUUGAAGACAGAUCACUCUAUAUUGGCUAAGAAUCCAUACGAUAUCCCUGGAAAGCCGUCAGUGCCUACUAUCGAGGACUGGGACGUGGACCGCGUGGAUCUCAAGUGGGAAGCGCCUAAGAACACAGGCGGUGCGCCCAUCACUGGUUACAUUAUCGAGAAGAAAGAGAAGUUUGGACAAUGGCAGGAGGCACUCGUUACCACGACGCCGGAAUGCAAGGCGCGUGUACCAGAGUUGCGUGAAGGCAAUACGUACCAGUUCCGCGUGCGCGCAGUCAACAAGGCAGGCCCGGGAGAACCUGGCGAGCCGACACAGCCGCACGUCGCUAAAGCCAGAUUCUUGAAACCAUACAUAAACCGCGACAAGAUGGUGGCAAUCCGCGUACGUGCUGGUACCACCAUCAGACUGGAUGUCGACGUGAGGGGAGAGCCCCCGCCGACGAAGACAUGGACAUUCGCCAACAAGGUGAUUGAAACCGGUGUCGGUGUCAAGUUGGAAAACGAGGACUAUAACACAAAGCUCCAGAUCUUCGAGUCCACCUGGAAGAACUCUGGUAUCUACACGCUCAAGGCGGAGAACGACUCGGGCGUGGAUGAGGCUACCGUGGAAGUAACCGUACUUGACAAGCCAGGCAAGCCCGAAGGUCCGCUGGAGGUGUCCGACGUGCAUGCUGACCAUGUCAAGUUGAGCUGGAACAAGCCGAAGCACACCGGCGGGCUGCCACUCAGCGCGUACGUUGUAGAGAAGAUGGACACGCUCACUGGAAAAUGGGUGCCAGCGGGUACUGUGGAGCCUGAUACCACAGAGGCUACUGUCACUGGUUUAGAAGCCGGUCAUACUUAUCAGUUCAGGGUAAAGGCCCUGAACGAGGAAGGUGAGUCGGAGCCCCUGGACACGGACCACGGCAUCCUGGCGAAGAACCCGUACGAUGUGCCCGCGCCCCCCGGACUGCCAGACAUUGUGGACUGGGACGAGAAGUCCGCCAAGCUCAAAUGGGAGCCUCCCAUCAGGGACAAUGGAGCACCCAUCACUGGAUACAUUAUCGAAGUCAUGGAUAGAGAUAGGGGCGAGUUUGUUAAGGCCGCCGAGAUCCAUGGCAACAUCUGUCAGGGCACCGUACCCAAGCUGGAGGAAGGCAAUCAGUACCAGUUCAGAGUGCGUGCCUUGAACAAGGCCGGUCAGUCCGAGCCCUCGGAGAACACCAACUGGCAUACUGCUAAACCAAGAUUCUUGAAACCGCGCAUCGAUCGUACAAACUUGAACCCGUUGACUGUAAAAGCUGGGUUGCCAGUAUCAUUAGAUGUGAAAGUAUUCGGUGAACCACCGGCCACAGUCACCUGGUACUUCAAGGGUGAGGAGCUGAAGAACGGCCCCAACUUGGAGAUCAUCAAUGUGGAUUAUAACACCAAGUUCCUGAUGACGAAGAGCAAACGCGCCAACACCGGAAAAUACGUCAUUAAGGCGAAGAACGAAGUCGGUGAAGACGAGGCUGAAGUCGAGAUCACAAUUCUCGGCAAGCCAUCUAAACCCAAGGGUCCGUUGGAAGUGUCUGACGUGACAAAGAACAGCUGCACACUGACAUGGGACAAGCCGGAGGACGACGGUGGCGCCCCCAUCGAGUACUACGAGAUUGAGAAGUUGGAUCCACUUACUGGACAAUGGCUGCCGUGCGGUACCGCUAAAGACUGUAAGGCGAACAUAGCAGGCCUGCAGGAGGGCAAGCCAUACAAGUUCCGCGUCAAGGCUGUCAAUAAGGAGGGAGAGUCCGAGGAACUGGAGACUGAGAAACCAAUCAUCGCUAAGAAUCCAUACGACGAGCCCGGCAAGCCCGGCAGGCCGGAGCCCCGCAACUGGGAUAAGGACUUUGUUGACCUCGAGUGGUCCCCGCCUAAGGAGGAUGGCGGCGCCCCCAUAACUGGAUAUAUUAUACAGAAACGUGAGAAGGGUGGAAGAACAUGGCAAGACUGUCUGAAGACAAGCGGGGAGCGUCCCACUGGCCGCGUGACUGACGUGGAAGAGGGCCAUGAGUACCAGUUCCGUGUGAUCGCUGUCAACAAGGCAGGUCCUGGAGAACCCUCGGAGCCCAGUCGAUCUGUUAUCGCCAAGCCGAGAUUCUUGGCACCUCAAAUCGACCGCAAAUACCUACAAAAACGUAAGAUCAAGGUAGGCCAGACGCUCAAGAUGGAAGCGGAUGUCAAGGGUGAACCGGAACCCACCAUCACAUGGACCUUCAACGACCAGACUCUCAAGACCGAGGAGAGGUUGAAGAUAGAGAACAAAGACUAUCACACCUCGUUCUCAUUACUGAAGGUGACCAGAGCUGAUAGUGGCAAAUACACAGUCACAGCCAAGAACGACUCUGGAACUGAUACGGUGGACAUCGAAGUGUCCGUUGUUAGCAAACCAGCUAAACCUAAAGGACCAUUGCAAGUGUCUGAUGUCAAAGCAGACGGCUGCAAACUCAAAUGGGAACCUCCAGAGGACGACGGCGGCGAGCCUGUCGAGAGCUACGUUGUUGAACGUAUGGAUACCGACUCUGGUAGAUGGGUGCCCGUCUGCACCACAAAGACCCCAGAGGCUGACGUCACUGGACUCAAUGAGGGCAAGGACUACAUGUUCAGGGUGAAAGCUGUCAACCCUGAGGGAGAGAGCGAGCCGCUCGUCACUGAGACUGCUACUACAGCUAAGAAUCCUUAUGGUGAACCUGAUGCACCUGGUAAACCAGAAUUCAAGGACUGGGACAAACAACACGUGGACCUCAAAUGGGAGAAGCCUGCUAACGACGGUGGCGCCCCCAUCACAGCAUACAUCGUGGAGAAGAAAGACCGCGAUACUGGCAAAUGGGUGAAAGCUGUUGAGGUCCCAGGACACAAGACAGAAGCUCGUGUUCCAGAUCUGAUAGAAGGCAAGACAUACCAGUUCCGUGUGAAGGCGGUGAACAAGGCCGGCCCCGGCAAACCAUCACAAGCCACAGAUAAUCUCUUGGCUAAGGAUAGAUUUGCUCCGCCUAAGAUCGACCGCACGAAUAUGCGCGACAUUACUAUCAAGGCGGGUCAGAUGAUCCGACUAGAUGUUAAAGUCAGCGGUGAGCCUCCACCGACCAAGACCUGGUUCCAGAACAAGGAGAGGUUGUCGUCACGCGACGACCUGUCCAUAGACUCUGAGGAGUAUCGCAUCAAGUUGUCUGUGGUGGUCGCGUCACGCAAACACAGCGGCACCUACGUCCUCAAAGCUGAGAACAGCAGCGGACGGGAUGAAGCCUCUAUUGAAGUUAAAGUCCUGGACGUGCCUGCUAAACCUGAGGGACCACUUAAGAUUUCCGACGUGCACAAAGAAGGUUGCACGCUGAAAUGGAACGCGCCAUUGGACGACGGUGGCGCCCCCAUCGAUCACUACUUGGUGGAGAAACUGGACACGGAGACUGGUCGCUGGGUGCCCGCACUCAAAACCAAGGAGCCCAAGGCUGAAGUGGAGAAUCUGGUGCCAGGACACGAGUACAAGUUUAGAGUGUCCGCUGUCAACAAUGAAGGUGUUUCUGAACCACUGGAGGGCGAUCAUUCGAUUAUCGCUAAGAAUCCGUUCGACGAGCCCGGUAAACCUGGUACACCCGAGGUGGUGGACUGGGACAAAGACCACGUGGACCUUAAGUGGCAGAAGCCUAUCAAGGACGGUGGCGCCCCCAUCACUGGAUAUAUUAUCGAGAAGAGAGAAGUCGGCUCGCCCAAGUGGGUGAAAGCCUGCGAGGUUGGGCCCAAUGACAACGAGAAAGCCACAGUACCGAAUCUAGACGAGGGUGUGGAGUACGAAUUCAGAGUGAAGGCGGUGAACGAGGCCGGACCUGGCGAGCCUAGCGAUGCCAGCAAGUCCGUCACAUGCAAACCUAGGCGACUGGCACCAAAGAUAGAUCGUCGCAAUCUGCGUCCCAUCAAGGUGCGUGAGGGCGAGCCCAUCUCGCUAGACGUGAAGGUAACAGGAGAACCAGCGCCUGACGUCACCUGGACACUCAACGGCAAGUCUGUUACCUCCGGUAACGGACUUAAGUUGGUGAAUGUACCAUACCUGAGCAAGUACCAGCACGCUAGUCCGCGCCGCAAGGACUCCGGCACCUACAAAAUACAGGCCAUCAACAAGUACGGACAGGAUACUGCUGAGCUGGAGAUCACUGUCACUUCGAAACCGGACAAACCUGAAGGUCCAUUGGAAGUGUCUGAUGUACACAAGGAUGGCUGCACUCUGAAAUGGAAACGACCCAAGGACGACGGCGGUGAGCCUAUUGAAAGCUACGUGGUGGAGAAGUACGACACAGAGACAGGAACAUGGAUGCCUGUUGGCAAGACCCUUGGCAACGUGCCUGAGAUGGAGGUGGAUGGUUUGAUCCCCGGCCACGAGUACAAGUUCCGCGUGAAGGCUGUCAACAAGGAGGGAGAGUCGGAGCCGUUAGAAACAUUCGGCGCUAUUGUCGCCAAGGAUCCAUUCACUGUACCAGACGCUCCAUCAACACCAGUACCUGAUGACUGGUCUGCCAACCACGUGGACCUGAAGUGGGAGGCGCCGAUAUCUGACGGCGGGUCCCCCAUCAUUGGAUAUAUUAUUGAGAAGAAGGACAAGUACAGUCCAUUGUGGGAGAAGGCUCUGGAGACUCACACGCCGACUCCAAGUGCUACUAUCAAUGGUCUGAUAGAAGGCAACGAGUACCAGUUCCGCGUGAUAGCUGUGAACAAGGCGGGUCAGAGUAAGCCGUCUGAAGGCAGCAAGACGUUCGUGGCUAAGCCUCGCUUCCUCGCGCCAAAGAUCGACCGUCGUCAUCUGCGUGAUGUGACUCUCUCCGCCGGCGCCACGCUCAAGUUUGAAGCCGCCAUUACCGGCGAGCCCGCGCCCGCUGUCGAAUGGAGAUAUCAGAACAUGCCUCUCCGUCCAUCAAAGGCGGUGACAAUCGACUCUCCUGACUACUUCACCAAGCUGGUGGUCCGUCCAGUGCGACGUGACGACUCCGGCGAGUACACUGUCACAGCUGUCAACUCCAGCGGCAAGGAUACUGUCACUAUCAACGUGCUCGUCACUGAUAAACCCACUAAGCCUGAAGGACCUCUACAAAUCUCAGACGUACACAAAGAAGGUGCGACAUUGAAAUGGAAGCGGCCAAAGGACGACGGAGGUGCGCCCAUAGAGUACUACCAAGUGGAUAAACUGGACACGGAGACUGGCUGCUGGGUGCCUUGUGCACGCUCUGAGGAGCCAAAAUGUGAAGUGACUGGUCUGACGCCGGGCAAGGAAUACAAGUUCCGCGUGUCGGCUGUCAACUCGGAGGGCGAGUCGGAGCCUCUAGUCUCCGAGACUAGUAUCGUCGCCAAGAAUCCCUUUGAUGAACCUGGAGCGCCAGGCACGCCUUCGGUGACGGAUUGGGACAAGGACCACGUGGACCUCAAGUGGACCCCGCCUAAGGAAGACGGUGGUGCCCCCAUCGAAGGUUACAUUGUGGAGAAGAAGGACAAGUUCGGCAACUGGGAGAAAGCUCUCGAAGUGCCGGCUGACAAGACCACUGCGACAGUACCUGACCUUGUUGAAGGUCAGACGUAUGAGUUCAGAGUGCGAGCUGUGAACAAAGCUGGUCCGGGCGAGCCCAGUGACAGUACACAUCCUAUCGUGGCCAAGCCUCGCAACAUGGCGCCCAAGAUUGACAGGACUAACCUCAUUGAUAUCAAGAUUAAAGUCGGGCAGAAGUUUGCCUUCGACGUCAAGGUUUCCGGUGAACCGAUGCCGGAGACGAAAUGGUUCUUAGCCAAGAAGGAGGUGAAGUCGUACGGUGACAUGAAGGUGCAGCAUUCAGACUAUAACACGAAGCUGACGUGCAAGGCUGCCACGAGGUCUGACAGCGGCCGGUACACCAUCACCGCAGAGAAUGUCAACGGUAAAGAUGUCGCUGAAGUCGAGGUGAUCGUGCUCAGCGUGCCCAGUCCACCUGGAGGACCACUUAAGGUAUCAGACGUGCACGCUAACGGUGCUAAGUUGUCAUGGAAUCCGCCAGCGGAUGACGGUGGUCAACCCAUAGAGAAGUACGUUGUUGAGCGCAUGGAUGAAGCUACGGGCCGCUGGGUACAGGCCGGAGAGACCCUCGGCCCCGAGACCAGCCUGCCAGUAGACGGCCUGCAGCCAGGACACAAGUACAAGUUCAGGGUGCGCGCUGUUAACAGACAAGGCAAAUCGGAACCUCUGACGACACCUCACGCUACUGAAGCUAAGAAUCCAUUCGACGUUGCCGGCAAGCCCGGCACGCCUAAGAUCAAGGACUUCGACAAGGACUUUGUGGAGCUGGAAUGGACCCGCCCAGAGACCGACGGUGGCGCCCCCAUCACGGGUUACGUCAUCGAGAAGAAGGAUCGCUUCUCACCCGACUGGGAGGAGUGUGCUCAGAUCGAGGGUGAUGUAACUUCUGGUAAAGUUCCGGACCUCAUCGAAGGCAAUACAUACGAGUUCCGCGUACGAGCGGUCAACAAGGCCGGCAAGGGCGUGCCCAGCGACGGAACAGCGCCGCAUCUCGCCAGGCCUAAGAACUUACCACCCAAAAUUGACAGAAACUUCAUGUUUGACAUUAAGAUCAAAGUCGGACAGAACUUCGAUCUUGAAGUGCCCGUGGCGGGAGAACCAACGCCCACCAAGGAAUGGCUGCACGGUGACAACGUCGUUCUCAACACUGACAGGAUCAAGAUUGUCAAUGACGCUCACACCACCAAGUUCCGUGUCAUCGACGCUAAGAGAGCAGAUUCUGGAACCUACACUCUCAAAGCCAAAAAUAUUAAUGGCACUGAUUCUGCUACUGUUAAAGUUUUAGUAAUGGACGUGCCGACUGCACCCGAGGGACCGCUUCGUGUAGACGAUAUUACGAAGUCUGGCUGCUCGCUGCGCUGGCGGCCACCUAAGGACGACGGUGGCUGUGAGAUCACACACUAUGUUGUUGAAAAAAUGGACCAAGAAAACCUCCGCUGGGUUCCCGCUGGAGAAGUGCAAGGUUGCCACAUGCGUAUUGAUCAUCUGAUUGAAGGACACGACUACAACUUCCGCGUCCGCGCCGUCAACAAACAAGGCGAGUCGCAGCCGCUCGUAGGCCACGAACCUAUCACCGCCAAGGAUCCGUACGGAACACCAGACAAACCUGGCAUUCCGGUCGUCAAGGACUGGGACAAAGAUCACAUGGACUUGGAAUGGGUCCCACCCAAGAAAGAUGGCGGCACUCCAAUUACAGGAUACAUUAUCGAGGCCAAGAAGAAGUACGGACCUUGGGAAGUCGCAGCCACUGUACCAGGAAACCAAACCACAGCUACGGUUCCAGGAUUGCAAGAAGGAGAGGAGUACGAAUUCAGAGUCAUCGCUGUUAACAAAGCGGGCAACGGUGAACCUAGCGACGCGUCCACUCCGCAAGUCGCUAAAGCCAGGUUCUGUGCUCCACAUUUCGACAAGAUGCUGCUCGCUGACAAGACCGUCAAGGCUGGACAGCGCAUACAGUACGAGAUACCGAUCGAAGCCUCACCCAAGCCGACUGUCGAAUGGCAGGUCAACGGAAAAGUUGUUCAGCCAUCAGAUAGGAUUGAUAUUCAAAUUUUGCACAACAGGGUUAUCUUAGACAUUCCAUUCUCCGUUCGCUCCGACGGCGGAGUUUACAAAUUGACAUUGAAGAAUGAUCUUGGAGUAUGUUCAGCGUCGGCUCAAGUCACAGUUCUAGACAAACCGUCCAGACCGGAGAAGCCGCUCGUGGUCUCCGAUGUUACAAAGGAUUCCUGCUCGCUGUCAUGGAAGGUCCCGCUCGACGACGGUGGAUCACCCAUCUUGCAUUACGUAAUCGAGAAAAUGGACUUAUCUCGCGGCACGUGGUCAGAUGCUGGCAUGAGCACCUUCCUUUCCCACCAAGUGACAAGAUUAAUACACAUGAAGGAAUAUCUGUUUAGAGUAAGCGCAGUAAAUGCUAUCGGUCAAUCUGAACCACUCGAAUUGGACCGCGCUAUUGUUGCGAAGAACGAAUUCGACGAACCUUCCGCUCCUGGCAAACCUGUAGCAACAGACUGGAGCAAGGAUCACGUCGAUUUGGAAUGGGCCGCUCCCAAAUCAGACGGCGGUGCACCCAUUACCGGAUACAUUGUACAAAAGAAGGAAAAGGGCAGCCCCUACUGGGUAAAUGCUGUCCAUGUGCCUCCUAAACAGACUAAGGCCACUGUGCCAGAUCUAAUAGAAGGUCAAGACUAUGAAUUCAGAAUUAUUGCCGUCAACCAAGCUGGACAGUCCGAACCUAGUGAACCUUCCGAUAUUAUCACUGCCAAGGACAGAUUUGUCGCACCUAAAAUCAUCACACCACUUAAGGAGGUUCGCAUCAAGGCUGGGCUUAUUUUCCACGUGGACGUGGACUUCAUCGGAGAGCCUACGCCAGACGUCAAAUGGACUUGCGACGGUAGAACUGUGGUAACUAACGAAAGAACUACUGUUACCUCGGUGGGACACCACACUAUUAUUCAUACUGUAAACUGCAAGCGAUCAGAUGCUGGCAAAUACAACUUAUUCUUGAAGAAUGACUCUGGAACUGACGAGGGCAGCUUUGAACUGAUCGUUUUGGACGUACCUGGAGCACCUCAGCCUCCAUUUGAGUACGAGGAAAUCACUGCACAAUCUGUUACUUUAUCGUGGAAGCCACCUAAGGACAAUGGCGGCAGUGAACUUACCGCUUACGUUAUUGAAAAACGUGAUCUCACUCAUGGUGGCGGCUGGGUUCCGGCUGUUACUUACAUCAACCCUAAAAAUACACAUGCAACUGUUCCUCGAUUGUCCGAGGGCACCAAGUACGAAUUCAGAGUAUUUGCAGAGAACUUGCAGGGUCGUUCUGAGCCUCUUGUGACCGACAAACCUGUUGUUGCCAAGAACCAAUAUACCGUGCCUGGCAAACCAGGAAAACCAGAGCUCGUUUCCGCGGAUAAAGACCAUAUUAAGAUCAAAUGGUCUUCGCCUAUAUCGAACGGUGGCUCUAACAUUCUGGGCUACGACGUCGAAAGAAGGGACAAAGCUACAGGCAGAUGGAUCAAGCUCAACAAGGAACCUGUUAGGUUCAACGAGUAUGAGGACGACAGGGUUCAAGAAGGUCACCAAUACGAAUAUAGAGUAUCUGCUGUCAACGCAGCCGGACCUGGCCAGCCUUCUGAGCCAUCCAAUGUUAUCAUUGCUAAGCCAAUGAAAGAGAAACCUAAACUGUCUCUCGACCACCUCAUCGGUCGUAAGAUCAAGGUCCGCGCUGGUGAACCGAUCAAUAUUAACAUUCCAAUCGCCGGUGCACCGACACCGAAGGUUACCUGGACAAAGGGUGCCAUCCCGCUCGUUCCUUCACACAGACUGUCCGCUGAGACGAGUCCCGAUGAGACCAAGCUCAGCAUCGAGAAGUCCACUAGAGACGAUGCUGGCAAAUAUACUAUCACUGCAACUAAUGAAUAUGGCAAAGACUCUGCUGACAUUGAGGUUAUUGUCGUCGACAAACCUGGUGUACCUAAAGGACCGUUAUCGUGCACACCUGUUACUCACGAGACCAUGAGUCUGACGUGGUUACCACCCACAGAUGACGGCGGCAGUGAAAUCACUGGCUACGUCGUCGAGGUCGCCGAAUUCGGUGUCAACGACUGGCGCACUGUCGCAGGUUUCUGUCCAAAGUGCUCGUUUACUGUUAAGAACCUAACAGAGGGUAAGAAAUACGUCUUUAGAGUACGAGCUGAGAACUUGUACGGACUCUCCGAUCCGCUGGAGAGCAAGCCGAUUAUCGCCAAACUACCUUUCGAUCCACCAGAUGCGCCAGACACGCCUAAGAUCACUGGCUACAGUGCAAACAGCUGCUCUCUCGAAUGGCAGCCGCCGACCAACACCGGCGGAAAGCCUAUUACCGGUUACAACGUCGAGAAGAGAGAACGUGGUGGUGAAUGGAUAAAGGUUAACAACUAUCCUACACCCAACACGUGCUACACCGUUCAAGACUUACGUGAGGGUAAUCGCUACGAGUUCCGUGUUAUCGCAGUCAACGAAGCCGGUCCUGGCAAACCCAGCAAACCGACAGAACCUAUUAUUGCACAAACUCAGAGGCUUAAGCCCAGCGCUCCCGAGGCGCCUAAACCAGACAGAAUCACUAAAGAUUCGGUUACGCUCUCGUGGAGACCGCCGAAGAGCGACGGCGGAGCAAAGAUUAAGGGCUAUAUCAUCCAACAGAAGGCCAAGGGAGACAAAGACUGGAAGGAUGUUAACGACACACCUAUCCCGAGCCUCGUUCACACGGUACCAAAACUCAAGGAAGGUGAAGAGUACCAGUUCAGAGUUAUCGCCGUUAAUGAAGUCGGCAAUUCGGAGCCUAGCAAACCGACUGCCGAUAUUACGAUUGCCGAACAACCGAACAAACCUUGCAUGGAUCUCGGCGGAGUGCGCGACAUCACAGUGCGCGCGGGUGAAGAUUUCUCUAUUCACGUGCCGUACACCGGCUUCCCGCAACCGACCGCAUCCUGGUUCGCCGACGAUAACCUCCUCGACGUCGACGGCGAUUCGAGAAUAUUCCAGAAGAUCACACCGGACUCCGCUUCACUCGUGGUUAAGAACGCCAAGAGAUCAGACGGAGGCCAGUAUAGAUUACAACUCCGCAACCCAUCCGGAUACGACACGGCCACCAUUAACGUGCGCGUGCUCGACAGACCCGGUAAACCUGAAAACCUUCGCGCCGACGAAUUCGAGGGCGAAGCGCUCACGCUCUACUGGAACCCGCCCAAAGACAAUGGAGGUGGAGAGAUCACAAACUACGCUGUGGAAAAACGCGAAGCACGUUCACCAACUUGGACCAAGGUGUCCGGAUACGUCACGACACCGUUCCUCCGCGUGAAGAACUUGACCGUCGGCAGGGACUACGAGUUCAGGGUCAUGGCUGAAAACCAAUACGGCCAAUCUGAUCCUGCGCAGACGACCGAACCGAUCAAGGCCAGGCAUCCGUUCGACCCGCCGGGCCCGCCCGGCGUGCCGCGAUCCGUCGAGACCACGGAGACGUCGAUUACGGUCACUUGGUCCAAGCCGCGCAACGACGGCGGCUCCCCGAUCACUGGCUACAUCCUCGAGAAGAGGCUCAUCACCGAAGACAAGUGGACGAAGGCGUGCCACGCUCACAUUCCAGACACGACGUACCGGGUGACCGGACUGAUCGAGAACCACGAGUACGAGUUCCGCGUGUGCGCUGUGAACGCGGCCGGACAGGGGCCAUACUCGCAGAGUUCGGACGCGAUCCGCGCCUGCGCCCCGCCUAACUGCCCGCGCAUCACCAGCGACCUCAGCCUGCGCGACAUCACCGUCAUCGCCGGCGAGGAGAUCAAGAUCACCGUGCCCUUCACCGGCAACCCGAGACCAAAGGUGUCAUGGAUCGUGAACAACGACGAAGUGUUCCCGGACAACCGCAUCCGCUUCGUGACUUCAGACCGCGACACAGUAUUCCUUAACAGCAGCGCCAAGCGUUCCGAUACCGGCUCCUACACCGUGCAGCUAGUCAACAGCGAGGGCUCCGACAGUGGCACCUGCAGGGUGCUUGUUGUAGACAAGCCAUCACCACCAGUGGGUCCAUUGGAUUGUUCGGACAUAACGCCCGACACAUGCACCUUGUCAUGGAAACCACCGCUAGAUGACGGCGGCUCGCCCAUCACCAACUACAUUGUCGAGAAGUUGGACAACACUGGUGUAUGGUCGAAGAUAUCGUCAUUUGUACGCAACUGUCAUUACAAUGUCAUGGGAUUGGAACCGAAUAAAAGAUACACGUUCCGUGUUCGUGCUGAGAACCAAUAUGGCGUGUCCGAACCUCUGACUAUGGACGACUCGAUUACCGCCAAGUACUCGUUCACUGUACCGGACGCGCCGGGCAUGCCGCGCGUACUGGACUGGGACGGCUCAACGGCCACUGUAACAUGGGACCGACCACGCUCCGACGGCGGAGCUCGCAUACAAGGCUACAAGGUCGAGUUCAGAGAUGUCCAGGACAGUGUCUGGUCAAGUGCUGAUUACCUUGUCAAGGAAUGUAAUUACCAGGCUUAUAACUUGGAACCUGGACACGAAUACGAGUUCCGUGUGCGCGCUAAGAACGCUGCGGGUCUGAGCAAGCACUCUGCGAGCUCGGCUCCGUUCCGCGUGCGUGCGCGCGCCGCCCCGCCCUCCGCGCCGCAGAGCCCGCGCGUGCUGCGUGUCGGCCGCAACUACGUCGACCUCGUGUGGCAACCACCGGCUAAUGACGGAGGUUCGCGUAUAACUGGUUACAUAAUCGAGCGACGUGAAGUGAGCAGCUCUGUGUGGCUGAAGUGCAACGACUACAACGUGCAGGACACCAGCUACACCGCGCUGCAGCUGCACGAGCGCGCUGACUACGAGUUCCGUAUCAUUGCUGUCAAUGCUGCAGGAAAAUCUGAGCCAUCAAGCUGCACCACACCAGUUCGUACCGGCGAGGAGGCGGGUGGCGUUAAACCGGAGUGGCUGAAACCGUUACCGGCCACACUGACAGCGCCACUGGGUCGUCCUUACACGCUGCAGUGCCAGGCUAGUGGGACGCCAGUGCCCACUGGACGCUGGCUCAAGAAUGGACGCGAGAUCGUACUCGGUGCUAGAUAUAUUGCGGAGUCUCGUGAGGGCACGCUGAAACUGAACAUCCUGGAGGUGGCGGAUGGUGACGAGGGUGACUACACUUGUGAAGCUAUCAACAGCCUUGGCUUUAUCUACUGUAUUGCACAUCUUAAGAUCGGAAGUCCGCCUCGCAUCACUCGUAUGCCUGGUGACCUCCACCUGCCGGAGCACGACAACACAAAGAUUAAGAUCCUGUACACUGGUGACCAGCCGGUCGACGUGACGUUGUCGCGUGACGGCCGCGUGCUCACCGAGACACCGCACUUCAAGUACACCGUCUUUGAUGACUAUAUACUUAUCUUUAUCAAGGAUAUCACUAAAGAUGAUAUGGGCACAUACAAACUGACAAUCAAGAACAACUCUGGAGAGACAUCAGACACCUUCUCAGUGACGGUCACUGGAUUACCAGGACCACCACAAGGUCCACUGGAAGUUAGUGACAUAACGCGUCAUACAUGCACGUUGUCAUGGAAACCGCCUGCUUAUGACGGAGGGUUGCCAAUCACGCAUUACGUGGUUGAACGCAUCGACGUGACGGGAACCACCUGGAUAACCAUAGCCUCGUCAGUACGUGACACCAAGUUUACAGUUCACGGUCUCACUGAAGGUCAAGAAUAUAACUUCAGGGUUCACGCCGCUAAUGAUAAUGGAAUUGGACCAGGAUUGGAAGGUGUCAACCCUGUUAAGGCUAAGGCACCAUUUGAUCCACCAUCAGCACCGGGCGUGCCCAAGAUUCUGGAAGUGGGCGGACACUUUGUACACCUUGAAUGGGAGAAACCUGAAAGUGAUGGCGGCGCUAGGAUACAAGGUUACUGGGUAGACAAGCGCGAGGUUGGCUCUAGCAGCUGGCAGCGUGUGAAUGCGACCCUGUGCCUGCCGACCCAGCUGAACUGCGCCAACCUGGUGGAGGGUCGUCAGUAUGAGUUCCAGGUGACGGCACAGAAUGAGGCCGGAGUAUCGCCGCCCAGCACUGCAUCGCAGCAAGUCAAGGUCGUCGAUCCUAAGGCGGCUACGCCACCGGAGAUCGUGAAACCUCUGAAGAACGCCAACUGUAUACAGAACCACAACGCCAAGUUCCAGUGCACCAUCACUGGAUCACCCAAACCUACCAUCACUUGGUAUAAGGGUGCACGUGAGAUAACAAAUGGUCCUCGGUACCGCAUCUGGAGCGAGGGAGACAACCACUUCCUGACUGUUGCUGAUGUGUUCGGUGAGGACGCGGACGAGUACGUGUGCCGCGCUGUCAACCGCGCUGGAGUCAAGAGCACGCGCGCUGAGCUGCUCAUUAUGACUGCACCAAAACUGAACGUACCUCCUCGGUUCCGUGACACGGCGUACUUCGACAAGGGAGAAAACGUUGUGAUCAAGAUCCCCUUCACUGGCCAUCCAGUGCCCAAGAUCACGUGGGUGCGCGAAGGAGAGACCAUCGAGUCUGGUCUGCACUACCAUGUCGAGAGGAAAGAGCGCCACGCGAUCUUAACCAUCCGUGACGCCAGCAAGAUGGACUCAGGUCCGUACAGGAUCACCGCGGAGAAUGAACUGGGACAGGACUCUGCAGUUAUCAAUAUUGAAAUCAGUGACCGUCCGGACCCGCCGCGGUUCCCGGCCGUGGACAGCAUCGGUGUGGACUCGCUGGCGGUCAGCUGGCGUGCACCUGUAUGGGACGGCGGCUCUGACAUCACCAGCUACCUGGUAGAGAAGAGGGAACAUCCCAUGACCAGCUGGAUACGAGUUGGUACCACCAGGUUCACGACCAUGGCAGUGACAGGAUUAGUUCCAGGCAAACAAUACGAGUUCCGCGUGUACGCUGAGAACAUCUACGGCCGCUCGGAGCCCAGCGAGCCUACCACACUCGUCCAGACCAAGGCUAUCAUCAAGAAGGAAUUCAAGAAGAAGGAAUAUCCAGUGGACGAGACUGGCAAACGUAUCCGCACGAACGCGGACCACGGGCCUGUGAAGGAUUACGACAGUUACGUAUUUGACGUGUACAGCAAGUACGUGCCGCAGCCUGUCGACAUCAGCACCUGUUCUGUGUAUGAUAAAUACGAUAUACUGGAGGAGAUUGGCACAGGCGCGUUCGGUGUGGUGCACAGAUGUCGCGAGAGGAGCACAGGCAACUACUUCGCGGCUAAGUUCAUACCGGUCGCCGGUGCGAUGGAGAAGGAGCUAAUUAAGAAAGAGAUAGAUAUAAUGAAUCAGCUACACCACAGAAAACUUAUCAACUUGCACGACGCUUUCGAAGAUGAUGAUGAAAUGGUGCUGAUAUUCGAAUUUUUGUCUGGCGGUGAGUUGUUCGAACGCAUCACGGAGCCAGGAUACAGCAUGAGCGAAGCAGAGGCAGCUCAUUACAUGCGGCAGGUGUGCGAGGGAGUGCGUCACAUGCACGAGCAGAACAUCAUACAUCUCGACCUCAAACCAGAGAAUGUCAUGUGUCAGACAAGAACCGGCACUGAUGUUAAGAUUAUCGAUUUCGGACUGGCUACAAAACUGGACCCCAACGAGGUCGUCAAGAUAUCAACUGGUACAGCGGAGUUCGCGGCACCAGAGAUCGUGGAGCGCGAGCCGGUCGGCUUCUACACAGACAUGUGGGCAGUUGGCGUGCUGGCUUACGUGCUAUUGUCUGGAUUAUCACCGUUUGCGGGUAACAACGAUAUUGAGACCCUCAAGAACGUGAAGGCUUGUGACUGGGAGUUCGAUGAAGAGGCCUUCCAGCACGUCUCCGAUGACGCUAAAGACUUCAUCAGACGUCUGCUUGUUAAGAACAAGGAGAAGCGCAUGACCGCGCACGAGUGCCUCGCUCACCGCUGGCUGGCGGGAGAGGGCGCUGCCUCCCGCACCGCGCCCGUGCCCGCGCGACGCCUCGAACAGAUGCGCGACAGGUUGCGCGCCAGGUAUCAGAACUGGUCGUCGUUCGUGUUGCCGAUCGGCAGGCUGAGCGAGUACAGUUCCCUGCGCAAGUUGCUCAUUGAGAAGUGGAAGAUAUACGAUGGACAGUUCGACCGUCGUCAAGCUGCACCACGCUUCGUGAUAAAGCCGCAGUCAGCGUUCUGCUACGAGGGCCAGUCAGUGAAGCUGUACUGCCGCGUGGUGGCCUGCGCCACACCCACUGUCACGUGGUCGCGCAACAACCGCGAACUGCGACAGUCUGUCAAGUUUAUGAAGAGAUACUCCGGCAACGACUACUACUUCAUAAUCAAUCGCACGAAGCUGGAAGACCGCGGCGAGUACAUCAUCCGCGCUGAGAACCACUACGGCUUCCGCGAGGAGGUCGUCUUCCUCAACGUGCAGCCGGUGCCGCGCGUGCAGCGCCAGCCUCCAGCUGAAGCUCCGCGCCGGCGCGAGGCCCUGCCCUACACGUUCUGGCAGGAGUCGAGCGAGACCGCGCCCGCCUUCACCUUCCAGCUGCGGCCGCGUGUGAUGCAGGCGCGCGACACCUGCAAGCUGCUCUGCUGUCUCAGCGGCAAGCCCACGCCCACCGUCAAAUGGUACAAGGAUAAACGCGAGUUAUCCAAGUACGACUACAACAUGACACACUCUGACGGUGUGGUGACAAUGGAGAUAGUUGACUGCCGGCCUGAGGACAGCGGCAAGUACACAUGUGUCGCCACCAACGUGCACGGCACUGAUGAGACAUCCUGCGUCGUUAUUGUUGAAGGCGAGGUGAUAAGCGCGGAGCAGGCUCAGCUGGCGCACAAGUUCCUGCACUCGGGUGACCGCCGCUACAUUGAGAAAUGGUGUAUAUGGCUGAUGCAGAAGACUGAUAACUAUUAUAUCGAAGCCAUUUAA